GAGAUUUUCAUGUACUCUAGUUUUCGCUCUAUCAACUGAAAUAACUGCUGAAAGAAUGACGAGCACAACUUUUCUGGAUAUGCAGUAUAGUCUCUCCAAGAGAAGUUUCUUGAGGAAGCCAACUAAUAUGUUCUCGCGCAGUAGGCAAAACAGUAGGCAAAACUCUGGCUUGGGGCCGGAUUACCAACCGAGUAUGUAUGAUCUGAAGAAAGUCUUUGACAGAUUCGAUUCCAACAGAGAUGGAAAGAUCUCCCCAGAUGAGUACAAGGCCAUAUUAAGAUCCAUGGGAAAGACCAUGCUGCUUACGAGGGAAGUCCAGAAGAUAUUCGAGGUUGCAGACUCCGAUGGUGAUGGGUUUAUAGACUUCAAUGAGUUUGUGGAAGUGCAGAAGAAGGGUGGAGGCAUGAAAAUGAUGGACCUGCAGACCGCAUUCAAGACGUUCGACAAGGAUGGCGAUGGGAAGAUCAGCGCGGGGGAAGUGUAUGCGCUGCUGCAGAGGCUCGGGGAGAAGUGCAGCCUGCAAGAUUGCAAGGAGAUGGUGAGAGCCGUGGAUGCUAACCGAGAUGGCGUGAUCGACAUGGAUGAAUUCAUCACCAUGAUGACUCGCUCCGCCCGGCUCUGUUAGAAUUUACAGGCCAAACUAGCAAGGGAAAAUGAGACCUGUAGUUAACUUGAAUGGUGAUUGGCUUAUGUAAUAGAUGCACCAUAGCUUGGUGCUCUGUGUGUGUGUGUGUUUCAGUGUUGCUUCUGCUGCUUUUGUGUAGACCUUUAUGAUUAUGUGAGUUAACUUUCAAUUGUUACAACCUUAAGAGCAUAGAAGCAAAUACUUGAAUAAUAAUCUGUGUAAUUUUAUACAUUCCAAAUAACAAUCUUUGUACUUGAUUUAUAAUUUUAUA